AUGGAAUCAAAUACUCAAAGUAAGCUGCACUCACUCAACAUUGGCAGUCUUAGUGAAGUCUUCACAUUUACGCCUCUGAAGACCUCUCUCAAGCUGAGAUUAGUGUGCAGGAAGUUCAACCAGGCAGUCUGAUACGGGUGGAGACUUAGAAUCUACGAAAUUGGAAUCUGAGUCGAACAUUGAGAAACGCAGCUCAGCGAUGGCUUUGAUGAAAAAACUGUAGAAGAGUAUAAGUUAAUGAGCGAGCACCAAGACUGUAUUAUCCAUGAUUUGAAAGGAUUAUUUACAAGAGCUUUUAAGCUGAACUCUCCCACAAGAUACUAUCCGAAUUUAGGCUGGCUUCAAAAGCCUGAUCGGUUAAUUGUACUUCCUCUGUUAAUGGCUUGUGUUAUUCUCAAAAAGAAAAAUGGGGAAGAACUAAUGGUUGAUUAUAAAUAAAGAAGGAAUUAAUAAGACGUUUUGGUACAAACUGAAGCUGAAUUUCAGGGGAAGAACUCGUCCCACAAAGCUUAUAAAUGAUUUUGAAAUAUCAAAAGUGACUCCUAAGCAGCUUCAAAAUUGCCGUAUGAUCCUUCGUCAAAAUGCUGACCUUAGCCCAGCAAAAAUAAGCCCUGUUUCCUCUUGUGCCUCUGAUCUCUACGAAUGGACCAAGCUAGCUUUAAAAUAUUUUGACAUUAAGCAUGAAAUCCUAUCUCUAGGCAUCAAGCAGGUGGAAGAAAAGAUUGAAAGCUACAAAACCACUUCUCAAAAAAUGCUAAAAGUCUUCGAAAAAAUCCUAGCCAACCAACAGUUCUGGAUCCCUCCUGAGCAAACUCUGACCGAUCCAAAUUAAAUUUCAACUACACCAUAAAAUAAAA